GUUACCAGGGAGACGCCGGGGCCUAGCCGACCCUUUGAGACCUGUCCUGAGGAAUCUCAGAUCCCCUUUCUGACCUCGACCCUCUUUCAGGUCAAAUCCAAGUGCUGCUUUUACAGCGGGACCUAGGGUGCAGAGAGUAUGAUUGUUCCCCAACUGUCAUUGUAAAAAUAAGAAGCAGCUAUUCGGCAAAGGGGGCAUCACUUACCUCAGUUUCCUCCAUCCCCACUUUUUGCACUCCCAGUAGCUAUCAUCAAUCCCAUAGUAUUCCCAUAGACUCAUCCCUCCAGAGCCCUGACAGAAAGAUUUGCAACACAGAAAGGGGACAUUGUGCCCAUCUUGUUUGUCCCUAACAUCUGUAAAAGAGACAUCUGGUCUCAUUCCCAUCUUCCAGCUCUUGGUCCAAAUGGUACAAGUGCAUAUCCAAUUUUUUCUCUCUCUGGUGCAAUGAGGCACUUACUAUCUUUUCACAUAUCAUGUUUCAGACCCCAAUCACCUUUUGAAUAAAAAGAUUUACCCAUGACAUCCACUAACUCCACCUCCUCCCUUGUAAAAAAAGCUUUCUGUUGCUUCCUUUAAAUCUGUGCCUCAUUUUACAUUUUUUGUCAGGGGUAGAUGGAUAUCUUGAACCCUCGUGAUUCCAUGCACCUUGAUUUGAUCUUACCUGUUGCAAAGAAAUGAAAUCCUGAUCUCACCUCCUGGUUACAAUAUGUCAUUUUGACAAAGAUCUUGCUCUGCUCUCUCUCCUAACGUGAUCACAUCCUGCAUGGCAUUUGCAUGUGGUCUCAACUGCUGUUUAGUACAGUAGUUUCCUGUUUACAAAUUCAGUUUCUUGCUGUGGCAUUGUGGUAGCCAUGCAGUCUCAGCACUGUGUUUCCCUGGCUAGUAUACAGAAGGCUCACAGGGUCAUCCAUGACCUUGUCCACCAGACUCCAGUCCUCACCAACUCCACCCUCGACAAGCGGGCUGAAAGGAAGAUCUUCCUCAAGUGUGAGCUUUUCCAAAGAACAGGAUCAUUCAAGAUCCGAGGAGCCCUGAAUGCAGUGGCCAGCCUCAGCGAGAAGAGGCAAAAUGGCGAGGAAGUUCGAGCCGUGGUGACUCACAGUAGUGGAAAUCAUGGACAGGCACUUGCCUUGGCUGCUCAAAUGCAAGGGAUCCCCUCAUAUGUGGUUGUGCCCCGAAAUGCCCCGGCGUGCAAAAAGGCUGCCAUACUGGAGUAUGGCGCGCACAUUGUGGAAUGUGAGCCCAGCGACCAGUCAAGAAUGGAAACCGUGUCCAAGGUCAUAGCGGAGACCCAGGGGAUUCAAAUCCACUCUAACCAAGAUCCCCUUGUGAUUGCUGGUCAAGGCACCAUUGGACUGGAGAUCUUGCAACAAGUCCCAGAUCUACAGGCUGUGGUGGUUCCAGUUGGUGGUGGAGGAAUGGUCUCUGGAAUUGCAGUCGCCAUCAAGACUCAACGUCCACAGGUCAAAAUUUAUGCAGCAGAACCGGAGAAGGCAGAUGACUGUUAUCAGUCCAAGCAGCGUGGCUGCCUGACCCCCAACACCUACCCUCCUGUGACAAUCGCUGAUGGAGUGAAGACUAGCAUCGGCGAGAAGACUUGGCCCAUCAUCAGGGACCUGGUGGAUGAUGUCUUCACCGUCAGUGAGGAGGAGAUUAAGCGGGCUACACGGCUGAUGUGGGAGCGGGCAAAGCUGGUGAUUGAGCCCACCGCAGGUGUCGGGGUCGCAGUGGUACUCUCCCCCCGGUUUCGAGACCUCCCCGGCAAUCUCCGCAACGUCUGUGUGGUGCUGUGUGGAGGCAACGUGGACUUGGACUCUCUUGAGUGGCUGAAGGUCACUGAGUGAAACGUUUUUGACCUCUUGAUGAAGCCAAAUGAUGGGUGGGUGGGCGUGUGUGUGAGAGAGAGAUAACAGUCAGAAAAUUGAAGGGGAAACUAAGAUAAUAAUCAAUGGCUCAAAGAUAUGAAUUGUAUAAUAAUGAUGGUUAAUGAUAUGCAGGAAGUGAGAAUGUGGGUAUAACCAGUGUGCUAAUGUAACUCAUGAGCAUCACAAGUGCUGGAGAGCAUUAUUCCCCCCUCCAAAAUUACAUUUUAAUUUCAUUUUCUUUGGCUUGCUUCAAAGUUUUAUUUUUUGUACGAAAAGCCCCUAUAAGGGCCUGUCACUCCGCAACAUUAUUAACUGGUUUUAAUUGAAACUUUAAAAAAAAAUGUCAGAAGAGUUUCUGAAACUGAGUUAGGAGGUGUUUGCUUGUCAUCUCUCACUCUGUAAAUAA